CAUUCCUUUAUGGGUCUUAUUUUACUAUUCCCUUGUUUACUCCAUGCCUCAGUUACCUCUCCAAUGUUCUUUACAGAUAGACAGAACCAACCCAACCCACCUCCCAUCAUGCUUUAAUAUUUAAACAUAACAAUUGCAAUCAAGAAAAACCCCAACUUCUUCAAGUUUUAAUUACACUAACAAUGAAUGCUCAUCUUCUUCCUUUGCUCUCUCUUCUUCCUCUUCUUCUUCUUCUGAGCACAACUAGUGCUCAACUUCGAGUCGAUCAUUACAGAAACACAUGCCCAAAUGUCGAAUCAAUUGUCCAUGCCGCAGUUAAACAGAAGUUUGAGCAGACAUUUACGACUGCACCAGGCACUCUCAGACUCUUCUUCCACGAUUGCUUUGUCCGGGGUUGUGAUGCUUCAGUGAUACUAGCUUUUAGGAACCACUCGGCGGAGAAGGAUAACCCGGACGAUAUGUCACUCGCCGGAGACGGGUUUGACACGGUGAUCAAAGCCAAGGCUGCUGUUGAUAGAGUGGCUGGAUGCAGGAACAAGGUUUCUUGUGCUGACAUUCUUGCCAUGGCCACAAGAGAUGUCGUAUCACUGAGUGGAGGACCAUAUUAUGGAGUUGAAUUGGGGAGACUUGAUGGGAGGGUGUCCACAAAAACCAGUGUGAGGAAGCAUCUUCCUCAUCCUGAUUUUAAAGUGGACCAACUGAAAGCUAUGUUUUCCAAACAUGGUCUCUCUCUAACCGAUCUCAUUGCUCUCUCGGGGGCUCAUACGAUCGGGUUCUCACACUGCAACCGAUUCAACCACCGGAUACACAACUUCAAGAGCAAGAACAGAAUUGAUCCGACAAUGAAUGUGGAUUACGCAAUGAGCCUCAGGAAACAGUGUCCGAAGAAUGUAGACCCAAGAAAUGCGAUUACUUUGGACCCAACCACGCCGCAGAGAUUCGAUAACAUGUACUACAAGAACCUUCAGCAAGGAAGAGGAUUGCUUACUUCUGAUCAGUGUUUGUUUACUGACACCAGAACAAGGCACAUUGUCAACUUCUUUGCAGCAAACAACACAGCCUUUAAACAUGCCUUCGUGGCUGCUAUUACAAAGCUUGGUAGAGUUGGGGUUAAGACCGGAAAGCAAGGUGAAAUUAGACGGGAUUGUACCGCUGUAAACUAAUUCAUCAUAAGUAAUAUGUAGUUUUCCGAAAAAAAAAAAAGUAAUAUGCAGUUUACUACCCAAGGAUUUUCAAGGAACCUCUAAUGUCAAUCUUGAAAACAAGAACUCAGAAAAUCGGGUACCUCUAUAGUUUACUAGCUAAGGAUUUUCAAGGAACCUCUUGUGUCAAUCUUGAAAACAAGAACUCAGAAAAUCGGGUACCUCUAAUUCGAAGCAAGAGAACUACUAAAAUUUCUAAUGAAAUCCAGAAGGGUGUCUUAAGAAUCCUCCAAAGGAAUUCCCAAUUUCAUUAUGAACCAUCCAAAGUGAAGCCCUUAGCAUAUGUACAAUAAAAAUGCAAAGCAUGCAGCACUGACAUGAAAGACAAUCGAUGAGAAAAAACGAAUACUGUAAUUCAUGUUAUUUGGCUUGCCAAAUAGGUAACCAUAAAAACCUAAACUAGUACACUAGUUCAGCUCUCAUACGGUUAUUACUUUAGCUCUAAUCUAGACACUAGUCUUGAUAUCAUCGAAGCAUUUAGCCUCGUUGUUCCCUACAGAAAGCUCCUCUCCUCAAACUGUAUAAUGCUGUUGGAUAUUAUCAAUGUCGAGCCCUUUCAGCUUCACAACAGACUCAACAUGACCC